GAGUCGACUGUAGCUGUUUUAAAGGGACAGUCGAAGAACCUGCAAUGUACGAGUAAAUCAUGCGAGCUCGUCGGGUAACGUAAAACCGACGAAACAAUAAAACUAAGCCUGAAAAAAUACACAUUUCCAGGAACUCCAGUAACCUUUGAGUGGAAGAGGAGCUGGAUGGCUUUGCCGGUGGUGCUGAAGGCAGGGAAGCGUCCCGCUCCAGACGAUGAAGACACUCCUGACAAGAAACCCAGGAAGCUGCUGCCCAGCCUGAAGACGAAGCGGGCCUCGGAGCUGGUGCUGGUGAUCGGGACGGGGGUGAGCUCCGCCGUGGCCCCCCAGGUUCCGGCGCUGCGCUCCUGGAAGGGGCUGAUCCAGGCGCUGCUGGACGCUGCCAACGACUUCGACCUGCUGGAGGAGGAGGAGAGCCGGCGCUUCCAGAAGAGCCUGCAGGAGGACAAGAACCUGGUGCACGUGGCCCAUGACCUCAUCCAGAAACUGUCACCGCGCACUGGCAAUGUCCGCUCCACCUUCUUCAAGGACUGCCUGUAUGAAGUGUUUGACGGGCUGGAGGCCAAGAUGGAGGACUCGGGGAAGCACCUGCUGCGCUCCGUCCUGCAGCUGAUGGAGAGCGGUGCACUCGUCCUCACCACCAACUUUGACAACCUGCUGGAGAUCUACGCUGCCCACCAGGGCACCAAGCUGGAGUCCCUCGACCUCACCGACGAGAAGAAGGUGCUGGAGUGGGCCCAGGAGAAGAGGCGUCUGAGCGUGCUGCACAUCCACGGGGUCUACACCAACCCCAGCGGCAUCGUGCUGCACCCUGCUGGCUACCAGAACGUACUGCGCAACACCGAGGUCAUGCGGGAGAUCCAGAAGCUGUACGAGACCAAGUCCUUCGUGUUCCUGGGCUGUGGCCGCACAGUGGACGACACCACCUUCCAGGCGCUGUUCCUGGAGGCAGUGAAGCACAAGUCUGACCUGGAGCACUUCAUGCUGGUGCGGCGCGAGGAUGUGGGCGAGUUCAAGAAGCUGCGCGACAACAUGCUGGACAAGUGCAUCAAGGUCAUCUCCUACGGCAACGAGUACGCAGACCUGCCCGAGUACUUUGAGAGGCUGGCCAACGAGAUCUGCACCCGCGGCAGCGCCACCAAUGGUUGGGGGACCCCUACCCAGGAUGAUGAACUCCACAAUGGCUUUGAUUCACCGAGGUGCCCUACUGAAGACUGCCAUACAUGAUAGAGGACAAGAGACUGUGUAGAUCUGCGAUCUCUGCUUGGAGAUUACUACACAGAGAGAAGGCCAGUGCGGUGAGCUGCUGAUGGGAUCAGGAUAACAUAGGAGCCGUUAUGAGAGGAGCCGCAGACCCUCUCUGCCUUGCAGCACCUCAGCGAGGAUGACUAAGGAAGGCGCUUUCUACCCCAAGUUAUUAUUUUCUUCAGUCAAUAAGGCUAAACGGAAGCCACCACAGAUAUCCACAAACCUACAAUUUUUUUAAGCUUACCUCCCUCCCCUCAAUGUGUUUAUUUCCUUGCAUGCUUGUAUACACUACAAACCUGUGGGGUGUUCUACAGUUUUACACAAUGCUACUGUCAAAGAUUGUGGGAUGCAACGGAUUCAGUUUUGAGAAGCGGGAAUCCAAGCUGGUGAUCGGAGGCGCUGUUUUUAAUGUGCAGGGUUUUUAUCAAGAAGCUUUUUUUUUUUUUUUUUUUUUUUUCAAAAUAGUGUAGCAGCACUCAGAGCUGUGAACUGAAAAAGGAUUUAUCUGCAAUGAGAUGCUCAUAGCUGGCAUUCACCUGAAACCGGGAUCACAGCCUUCUGUCCCUUCAUUGGAUUACAGAUUGAAAGUAAUCCUUCUGCGUGUAUCAUUAGAACUGGACUGUGUUUGUUAGCUUCUUGGAUUUUAAAAUGUAUUUUAUGUAUCAGAAUUACUUUGUUUACAGACUUAAUAAAAAAAUGUAAAGAAA